AUGAUGGAGAAUGCUCUCUUUUCUCUGAAAAGCACUUUUGAUACUUGGCAGUACUCCAGUUGCACUCUCUGUGUGAGUGACAUCAUCCUAGCCUUUCUGUGUGGACUGGGGCUCUUUUUCCUGUUACUCCCGUACCUCGAGAAUAAUGUUUCUUCACCACCUCCUAGGAAACGUGCAAACAUCAGGAAGCAUCAAAUGGAGCCGAAGGGGAGACAUAAGAUUGACGAGAAAAAGAGAGUUGUGAAAGCUUGCAGAAAUUGCCUGGAAGAGCUGGAAAAGGCUCGGGACCUGAUUUCACUUCUGCGAAGCCAUCUGGGGAAGCUCCCUGACAAGGGCGGCUUCCAUCAGCUUUCCUGUCAAGACCCCCUUGGUGAGGUGUGCAAAGCAGCGCCUGCUGCAGCCCACCAGCCCUGCAGGGAACCUGCAGAAGUGGAUGUUCCUGCCCCGUGCCCAUCAGCUGCCCUGGUUCCUCUGACCCAGGGCUCUUUACCUGCGGCCUCCACCCUGUGAAUAGAACCUCAAGACCAAUCCAACUUGAAGAGAAUCACCCUUGGCACUCUUGCAAAGAGCUCACCUCCAGGUAAUUCUUUUUUGGCAUCUACCACUGCAGCCAUCUUGAGUCUUGGCCUCGCAUGCUAUCAGAUUUUGCUCCUGUCCUUCUGGUGGAAGGUUACCAAGGCCUUGUUCUUCCCCACAUCAUCACAGAGUAAGUCCUGGCAAGAACACCUGUCCCACCAGCCACCAGGGGCCCCGUUCUCGGGAGGGCCCACAGACAGGCAGGCAGAGACUGGUAGCCCCUUAUUUGUCAACCCUGAAGUCCAGAAGCUGCUGGAGCUUCUAAUCACCAAGAAAGUAAAACUAAACGUUUGUAAGGAGAAAGAAGAGGAUGGGUCAUUCUCAGAACAAAUGAGCUCAGACUACCACCUGAACACUUUAGGGAACAUGUGGAAAUCACUGGGUGCUGAGCAGGACAACACAACCCCUCAAUCCUUCUGGAACAUGAAAGACAAAACAGAGCAGCUACCCGGUCCUCAGCAGCUCUUACACUGCGAGGUCUUGAGGGACCACUUGGAACAGAAAUAUAGCCAGCUCUACUGGGGUCUCCCCUCUCUGCACAGCGAGUCCCUGGUGGCUAUUAGGAGCUCUGCUCAACAGCAGGCACCCUUUGUUUUAUUCAGUGGAGUUUCUCAUGGCUUUUCAGUUUCAAUUCAACCUAGAAUCCCUUCAGGUGCUUCCCAGGCCCCAGUCUUGCCCUGCCCGGGGGUCCCACCCCAGCCUUUCACUCAAAACGUGCCUCCCUGCCAGCCCCCACCUCUGGCUCAGAUCCAGGCCCAGCCCUACCUCCCAUCUUCUCUCCUAUUCAGACCACCUUAUUCUCCACCCCAGAUGAGUACCCGUGGACUAGAUUGUCCUACAUUUCAGAACAAGACACUAUAUUUUGUCCCAAAUGAAACUCAAUGUCUGAAAUGCCCCUUGUUGCAGAAGCAACUGAAAAGUGGGGAGCCUUCACCCUCUGUGGUCAAAAGAUCUCAGAAAGGCUUUAGCCAACUCGUUCUCAACCUUCCUCAAGACAGGAGACGCUCUCAGGACCAAAGGUCAGUCUCCAUUCAUCACGAGGACUUAAUUGGCCCCGAUUUCCAGAAGCAACAUCUUCCAAAGAGGCUCAUCCAAGAUCAAACCAAGAGGGGCCUGGCCCUCAGUAUCCACCUGCCUCUGUCUCUGGAAUUGAGCUCCUCUCAGUGCCAAUUUUUAAGGACUUAUCAGGCACAGGGCAAGCAGGGGCCCUGGCAGCCCUCUGCUUUGACAGGCAAAAGGAGACUGGACCGACAGAAGAUAAGGUCCAGGUGCCCUAGGAGAUCCCAUAGGAAGGGUCAAAUGCAAUUCGAACCGGGGCAGGAUUUCGGCAAGGGUCUAAGGCCAUGUCUGAGGAGGAUCUCAAAAGCUUCCUCCAGGACCAGCCUCCCAGUGAAGUCUCUGCAAAGAAACUCUGAAAAGGAGUCAGAAAGAUACUUGAUGAGGCCCUUGAAGAGUGACUCUGGAAAGUGUUUACCCAGUAGCCCAGAGAAGAAACAUCUAGAAAAAUUCUUGCAAGCCCAUUUGAGCACAAAGUUGAGGCAGAUUAAUCAAGGCAUGACGCCUGUGAUUGUGCGUCAAUCCUGACUUGCUGCCAACUAAGCUUUUUAUAAGCCCCACCCUCACGAGGAAAUCAGAAAUCUAGCAUCCUUGAAGUUUUGGAAACCCUCCCGUGAGCUUUCCUUCCUCAGUCCAAGCAUUCGGCAGAUGCUGGAAGCACAUAUUAUAAGGUGGCGGGUAAGGCACAGGUGGGGCUUACCCAACCAGGCCUUUGAGCCCAUCAAUCUCAAGCCAGGUGGGGCUCAACCCUUGUCCUCUCCAAGGUCCACCUUUUCCCCCUCUGCCACCUGUCAAUCUAGAGCACACUCAAAAGCCAACUUUGCUAAUAAGUUCUCUGGAAAACCUCAGCCCCAUCAGGGAAUGAAAGUGAUAACAAAAGCAACAGUUCCCACCCUGGUGAGUCCCCUCCCUGUUCCCUCACCUGAGCAUACAGAAAUCCAGAGGGCCCUGGCAAAGACUUCACCUGGUGACAGGUAUGGGCCCUCAGAGGCCCCUCUGACUGGACAGGAGGGCAGACUGCCUUAUCAGAUGCCCACAGUCAAUCUCAUGGGCAGAAGCUGGGAGAAUGGGACUGUCUUGGGGUUUCCAGCCACUAGGAAAACCCUGUCACCACCAAGAAAGUCAGUUGCCCAACAUCCAAAGGAGCCACGCCUUAAACAGGUGGCUCAAGGCCGUGCCACUGGUGAGCUCCUUCCAGACUCUCACAACUAUCACACUGAUGUGCUCCUUUCUUCAGACAUCUUGGCUUCUCACAGGUCUCUUUCCAGUUCCCAGAGGGAACAUGCUAGUGAGGACGCACCAGCUUUCCAGGUGGUGCCAUAUGACCUCAACGUGAGUGAACAGAGCAGCCAGGGCCAGCAGAAAUUCAAGAAACCACAACUUCAGGACCCAUUUAAAAGCCAGAGUGAGAUGUCUGCCCCAACAGAGGAGUGGGGGGACUUUAAGAGGUCCCAACCAAAAGAGCAUGAAGAAGUGAAGAGCCAGAGGGAGAUGCUCGCAUCAGCUGAGGAGUGGAGGGGUUUCACGAAGCCCCAACCAGGACAGCAUGAAGAAGCAAAAAGCCAGAGCAAGAUGCCUGCCCCAGCUGAGGAGUGGAGGUGCGUUAGGAGCCUCCAACCAGGAGAACAUGAAGAAACGAGAAGCAACCAGGAACAACAGGAGCCCAGGAAACCAAGAUUUAGGGACCCGUGUAAGGGCCAGUUUGCCUCGACUGAGGGGAGGGAGGACAACUGGAGGCCCAAACCAGGAGAGUAUAAAGAAAGGUCUUCAGGACUAAAGGCUUCUCAAGCAAGUGGGAUGAGCCACGCUUCUCAGGUCAGGGGAAGAGGAGAGUUCCUUGGGAGCAAACACCCCCAGUUCUCACCAGGGAAGAGACAGCUUUCACCAGAAAGCCAAAAAAGGAUGAGGCAGUAUUUUAGCCACAAUAAAAAAGGCAAAGGAAUAGAAGAAUCCCUUCAAAAAGGCAAGCCUGCAUCAGCCACUGCUCACCAGCAGAAACCAAUCAAAGGCAAAUCUGUUGUAGAGAGCUGGCCUAUUAACCCUUGUGCGAUUGCAAGAGCUGUUGGACAGGUCCUAAGAGAGAAACUGGGGCUUCACCCAGGACUCUGUGCCUCAGAGUUAAAUCAGCACCCAGAACAGCUCCGGGCCCCAGCAGAGGGCCCUUCCCACUACCACAGGGGUCUCUCCUCUUCAGAACAGAGAAGAGUGUUGAAAGAUACAGCCUACAGUCACCAAGCCAGCCCCAAGGACCACAGCUACCUUAACAAGAGCAGGCAUACCAGAGGCAGGGGCGACAAGUUAGCCUUCCAACCCAGGGAACUGGAGUCCCCAGUCAGACCCUGCCAGCAUGGACCAAGGGUGGCAGGUGACUCAGGCCACCUGCGCCAUCCCAACAGGUCCUCAAAAAUGUGUUCCCUCUGGUCAGCCAAAGUGUGCUUCUCAUGCCUUUCCUGGGCCGAGGUCCAGGCCAGACCCGGGCACUGCAGUCCCGCCUGGACCAGAAGGCGGCCCGAGACGUACCACUUCCGCCCCCGCCACAAGAACGCGGCUCUCAGCAAAGCUCCAGGCCUCGCGAAGACCCGCAACUGCCACGACCAGAGCUCCAAGUUCUUCUCACCUCGAGGCCUGUGA